AUGAACGUAGAUUCACACCAGGAGGUACAGACCAUUCAUCUCACAACUCACACAAAAUUCUCUAAUUGCAAAUCAUCAGACGAUGAAUCAUCUGAUAGAGUAUUGUCCACUAGCAAAUCAUCAGAUAGAGAAUCCUCUUCUGGUAAAUCAUCUAAUGGCGAAUCUUCCACUGACCAAUCACUAGAUGGGGAAUUCUCCAUUGAGGAAUCAUCAGAUGGAGAAUUCUCAUAUGGUGAAUCAUCAGAUGUCAAAUCCUCGUAUGGGAGAUUAUCUGAUUGUGAAUCAUCAGACGGUGAAUCAUUUGAUUGUAAAUCAUUAGAUGGUGAAUCAUCAUAUUGUGAAUCAUCAAAUGGUGAAACAUCAGAUGGGGAAACAUCAGAUGGCGAAUCAUCCAAUGGCGAAUCAUCAGAUGGUGAAUCAUCAGAUGGCGAAUCAUCAAAUGGAGAAUUCUCAGAUGGCGAAUUAUCAGAUGAUGAAUCCUCUUCUAGUAAAUCAUCAGAUAGUGAAAUCUCAGAUGAAGAAUUCUCAGAUAGUAAAUCCUCCAACAUCGAAUCAUCUUAUUAUGAAUAUUCCUCCAGCGAAUCAUACGAUGGAGAGUAUUCGGGCUGCGAAUCAUCUGAUGUUGCAUCCUGUGAAAGCGAAUCACCUUAUAGUGAAUUUUCUAAUCGAGAAUCAUCAAGUAGUGUUUUCUCCGCUAGCAAAUCAUCAGCCAAUAAAAUCUCUACCAUGAAAUCAUCUAACGACGAAUCUUACGACAGCGAAUCAACUAAUGGUGAAUUUUCUUGCAGCAAAUCAUAUAAUGGACAGUCCUCCUCCUACAAUGAGUCAUCUGAUGGUGAAUCCUUCAUUGAGGAAUCAUCAGAUGGCGAAUCCUCAGAUGGUGGAUCAUCUGAUUGUGAAUCAUCAAAUGGUGAAUCAUCAUAUUGUGAAUCAUCAAAUAGUGAAACAUUAGAUGGCGAAUCAUCAGAUGGCGAAUCAUCAGAUGGCGAAUCAUCAGAUGGCGAAUCAUCAGAUGGCGAAUCAUCAGAUGGUAAAUUAUCAGAUGGCGAAUCAUCAAAUGGAGAAUUCUCAGAUGGCGAAUUAUCAAAUGAUGAAUCCUCUUCUAGAAAAUCAUCAGAUAGUGAAUUCUCAGAUGGAAAAUUAUCAGAUAGUAAAUCCUCCAACAUCGAAUCAUCUUAUUAUGAAUAUUCCUCCAGCGAAUCUUACGAUGGAGAGUAUUCGGGCUGCGAAUCAUCUGAUGUGGCAUCCUGUGAAAGCGAAUCACCUUAUGGUGAAUUUUCUAACCAAGAAUCAUCAAAUAGUGUUUUCUCCGCUAGCAAAUCAUCAGCCAAUGAAAUUUCCAUCAUCAAAUCAUCUAGCGACGAAUCUUACGACAGCGAAUCAACUAAUGGUGAAUUUUCCUGCAGCAAAUCAUAUAAUGAACACUCCUCCUCCGACAAUGAGUCAUCUGAUGGUGAAUCCUCUUACAGCGAAUUAUCAGAUUGUGAAUCCUCUGCAAGUGAAUCGAUUGAUUUCCUACUCCGACCUCCUAUUCAGGAGACUGGGGAAGAGGGUGAUGAUUUGUUGGUGGGCUGUACCGAUGAAAAUGAGGGAAUACCUAAUGAACUGUAA